UAAUUAUGAGGAUUUGUUUGGUAUUGUGUUUUUUUGGUUAAGUUAAGGUCCCUCCAAAACUCUUCGUCCAACUCAAAAGCCACCCGUACUACCACCACCACUCCAACAAACGCAUAGCCGCAAACUGAACUCGGAGUCCAAAAGUGCAAAGAAACAGAGCUAACCCAUUUCUCUAAGUCUUUUAAGACACCUCCAUUCUUGAUUCUCACGAAAAUUUCUUACCUUUUUUGGUUCAAAUGGAUUGUUGGUCUCCUUCUUUCAUAAUGGGUGAUGAAUUUGAGAAGCUCGUGAUUCGAAUGAACCCUCCUAGGGUUACUGUUGAUAAUGACUCGAGCGGGAAAGCCACUUUGAUUAAGGUUGAUAGUGCAAAUAAGCGAGGUAGCUUGUUGGAGGUGGUUCAGGUUUUGACUGAUUUGGAUCUUAUAAUUAAACGAGCUUACAUUUCUUCUGAUGGGGAAUGGUUCAUGGAUGUGUUUCAUGUCACAGAUCAACAUGGGAAUAAGCUCUCUAAGGAUGAUGUGGCUGAACGAAUCCAACAGUCGUUGGGACCAAGAGCACGCAGCUUCCGGUCCUUGAGAAGGUCUGUAGGUGUCCAAGCUGCCACAGAAAACACAACUAUUGAAUUGACUGGAAGAGACCGUCCAGGCUUGCUUUCAGAAGUUUUUGCUGUUCUUACUGACCUCAAAUGUAACGUGGUGGCUGCAGAAGUCUGGACUCACAAUUCACGAAUGGCAUCAGUUGUUUACAUAACUGAUGAAGCUACUGGAUUACCUAUUGAUGUUCAUGAUAGACUCACUAAGAUCAAACAGCUCCUCCUGUAUGUUCUGAAGGGAGAUAGGGAUAAACGAAGUGCAAAUACAGCUGUGUCUGUGGGUUCCACUCAUAAGGAAAGGAGGUUGCACCAGAUGAUGUAUGCUGAUCGUGACUAUGAUAUGGAUGAUGCGGAUUGUGGAUCAACAAGUGAACGUAGCAAACCCCUUGUAACAGUAGAAAAUUGUGCAGAUAAGGGAUACACGGCUGUGAACUUGAGGUGCCCUGACCGCCCUAAGCUACUUUUUGAUACUGUGUGUACAUUAACAGAUAUGCAAUAUGUUGUAUAUCAUGCAACUGUCAUAGCUGAAGGGCCAGAGGCUUAUCAGGAAUAUUAUAUCAGGCAUAUGGAUGGGUCCCCUAUUAGUUCUGAAGCAGAGAGGCAAAGGGUAAUCCACUGCUUGGAGGCAGCUAUCAGAAGGAGAACUCCUGAGGGUAUAAGACUAGAACUUUGUGGUGAAGACAGGGUUGGCCUUUUGUCUGAGGUGACCCGCAUAUUUAGGGAAAAUGGUCUGUCAGUGACUCGAGCAGAGGUUACAACCAGGGGUUCCCAGGCUGUGAAUGUUUUCUAUGUGACUGAUGCAUCAGGACAUCCAGUGAAGAGUGAAACAAUUGAACUAGUUAGAAAAGAGAUUGGACUAACUAUACUCCGUGUGAAGGAUGAUGCUCAAUCGACUCCUCCCCAGGAAAAUGGGAGAUUCUCCUUGGGUAAUCUCUUUCGAUCUAGAUCAGAGAAGUUCCUUUACAACUUGGGUUUAAUAAAGUUCUAUUCCUGAGCAGAUCAUUAGCUAAACUAGGAUCUGUGAGCUUGUGUACAUGUUAGUAUAGGUUGGCAUAGCAGCAUAGAUUUUAGCUUUAGGUCAAUCAGCUGUUGAUCUUGUCAUUCCUGAAACUUGCAACAAAUUUCAACUUGUAAAUCUUCUUGUGAAUAUCUUUUCAUAUCAUUGUUCUAUUUCUGUAUGGACUCAAUUGUUUCAUUUA